AUGAAGGAACCAACAUCACAGGAGCAACUUCGCCACAGUUACGUAGAUAAAGUCCCCUUCCUAAAAAAUGUAGAAAGUCCACACAGAUUGAACAUAAAAGACCAAGUGGAGAAAUACGAGAGGAAGGAAAAAAAAUUAAAAAGAGAAAUGUAUAAAUUUAUAAGUAGUAUAAAAAAUGGACAUAAACAAAGACAUCACGUGAAUUAUAAUCUUGGCGUUCUAUGCAGGACGUCUUUACCUUAUGUGAAUAUAUCCUCCCUGAGCACUCAUGAUGGAGGUACCAUAAAUGGACAUGCACAUAAACUGCAAACAGGGUGUAGCAGUCCCAAGGAGAGGAACCAUAAGAAGAAAACAUCCCCUUGUAGGAAUUACGAAAAUGAGGGAGAUUUCAAGAAGCAUAAUUUCUUAUGGAAUCGAGAUGGGUACCACGAAAGGGGAUAUCAGAAUUACCUUCACGCACUUCUCAAAAGAAAGGAUUUCCACUCUUCAUCCAUUUUUGGUGAAUACAGUCAUAGACGACGGGAACCCGAUUUGGGAAUGUUACAGUCAGAAGGUCUUUCACAUUUGGGGGGAAAGAAGUUGUAUCGGGAGGUGCACCAAAAUGGUUACAAGGGUAAAGUAGGUUCACCUUGGGGGGAUCAAGGUGAGGAAUUCCCCACCUGUGGGCUUACCCCCUCUGGACUCACUUCCCCACGGAAGAGCAUGAAGAUGGACGUGAACAAACGGGCUAUACACGAGCAGAAUGGAAGAGGUCACCAGAGAAGUAGCAGCAACUGCUCGAGCGAGUCCACAAAAAUCAUCGACCAGUUUGUGAAAAGCAUCGAAGGGAAUCAGUCAGGUGGAAAGGAAAAAGUAAAUUUUGGCGCAGUCCUUCCAGAGAGUAACCCCUUACACGGAAUGAACACGCAAAAUUUGAGCAUCCCUGACGGGUACACAAGUACAACGAGGAAGAGUAAAACCCACGCCGCUGAUCAGGACGCCUUAACGGUGCUGUCAGAAUACAGACAGAUGGUGAUGGACAAUAAAAAAAUGUUAACCUUGCUACAAAGAGUAAUGUACCAGGUUGAAGUGACCAACAGGAGUAGCCAAAUAAAUAAAAAAAUUGAAAAAGUUAUAAGUACGUACUUGAGGAAAGUCGAAAGGAUGAUGAGAAAAUAUAGGGAAGCGAUAAAAUGUGAUGAUUUUAAUAAAAGUAGAAAACUGUAUCGCUAUUUUAGGGCAAUCGAAAUGGUUAUGCUAAGGUGUGUAUUGAACUACGUCAUCGAUCUUAUGCAUCACGUAAAAUACGAGUGCAAGGAUCUCCGACGGGAAAUCGAGCGAGAAAUUUGCGAGGUGCAGCUGGCAAUUUGGCAAACCCUCCGCCGGUCGCCCCCCGUAAUGAGGCAGUCCGCCUGA